AGGGGAAAAAAUGCGAGCAAUUGGAUUAGUCUCAACUGCAGGCAUUUUCCCCUCGGAUUCCGGCCGCAUUUCAAAUUUCAAUCCGAAAAUCGGCACAGAGGGAGAGAGCUGAAGAAACCCUAGGUCCAUCAUUGUAUUCUGCUACUGUUCAAGAAGCUCCAAAUUGCCGUGGCGUCCUUUUUUUCUGCUCGCUCUUAGCUCUGAUGUCAAGCGCUUGGACAAAUAUGAGCUUUGGAAUCAUACAUAGGGAUGUAGAUUGGGAGUGGGAGGAGUCAGGGUGGACUUGUGUGUAUUUAUAUAAAAUUGGAGGUUCUUGCUCAAUCUCUGAAGAGCUAUACAACUGCAAAAAUUUUAGAGAGGAUGAGGAGACAAAUUUUAUUUGGAAUAUAUUAUUGCUUUGGAGCAUCUUGGAGCAUAUGAGCAAUGGAGCUUGUGGAGCACCGCUCACCGCAAGGAUUGCUCUCUUGCUGAGACCAGAUUGCUGAAUAACUUCUGUGGGAACUGAAGAUGAGUGGCCGUUUUUCUCGCACGAUCUAUGUGGGUAACCUGCCCUCAGAUAUAAAAGAAUGGGAAGUUGAAGAUCUUUUCUAUAAGUAUGGCCGCAUAUUAGAUAUUGAAUUGAAGAUUCCACCUCGUCCUCCUUGCUACUGUUUUGUUGAGUUUGAGAAUGCCCGUGAUGCAGAAGAUGCUAUUAGGGGUCGAGAUGGAUAUAACUUUGACGGCUGUAGAUUGAGGGUAGAGCUUGCACAUGGGGGUAGAGGACCAUCAUCUUCAAGUGAUCGACGCAGUGGCUAUGGUGGUGGUGGUGGUGGUGGUGGUGGUGGUAGUGGUGGUGGAGGAGGUCGCUAUGGUAUUUCUCGGCAUUCAGAAUUUCGAGUUAUCGUUCGUGGGCUUCCAUCAUCUGCUUCUUGGCAAGAUUUGAAGGAUCAUAUGCGGAAAGCUGGGGAUGUGUGCUUUGCAGAAGUUUCUCGUGAUGGGGAGGGAACUUUUGGCUUGGUUGACUACACUAAUUAUGAGGACAUGAAAUAUGCUAUUCGGAAACUUGAUGACAGCGAGUUCAGAAAUCCUUGGACAAGAACUUAUAUCCGGGUAAAGGAGUACAAAGGCAGUCCAUCACGAAGCCGAAGUAGGAGUCGCAGUAGAAGCAGGUCUCCUAGAAGGAACAGGAGCAAAUCGCUGGAGCGAUCUGCUUCUAGAUCGCCAUCAAAGUCUAGAUCUGCUUCUCCUGUCAAGUCUUCAAGAGCUAAAUCAAGGUCAAGGUCUGCAUCCCCUCACCCGGCACGCUCUGGUAGUGGCUGAUUACAUUGUCACCUAUGCUAGUCUGCUUGCUGGGAGAGUGUGGAGGUUUGUCUUAGAUGGAUUCAAGUGGACAGGAAAGUGGAUGACAUCCUUCAAAGGAAACCUUCUAAUGACUAAACUAUAUGUCUCAUGUCUCAUUGGCUUCGUUGGUCUUAUUAAGUAUGCUUUAUAUUCAUCUGAGAAAGAAUUUAAUAUUUAUGCAUUUGGUGCUUAGAUGUGACAUAUGAGGAUGACUGCAUAGGUUCUGUUGGUGUCCUCGGUAGUGUUGAUUUGAUAGUUUUUGAAUGUUGGAUGUCUCCUUGGAUAUUCCUUUAUGAGUUUUAUUCUACUUGCCCUCGUUGAAUCACUAGUCAUGAUGCGUCUGUUUUUAGUAAUUUUAGUGUCUUUGCUUUCA